AGUGCGACAGCACGCGCGACCUCGAGCGGAUCAGCGCGGCUGAUCCUCGAUCGUUUCUCGCGCGGUGGAUCGUCGCUCGCGCGCGGCAAUGAGACGUUUCGUGCCCCCUGCUCCGCCUCAAGAUACCUCGACGAUCUGUUCCUACGCUUCUUCUCGCCUGCGACGCGCCUCCAACUGGAUUUAGGAGACGUUCUCGAGCCCUCAGAUCAACGAGGCAUCGUAACAAAUCCGAAACACGUUUGACACGCGUGGCCAACCUGGCAGAGGCACUUCUCACUGCGAUGACCCCGGAGAUCCGGCAAGGAUCGGGAUUCCAUCAUCAUCCCUGACCCGGGAUAACCACGAAAUUGCCAGCAUUGCGACCAGCAGCCACCCAACCAAUCGUCCCUAUUCAAAACCCUCCAUCUCGUCAAUCCCCUUUCCCUUUGUCGAUAAAUAUCUCACCUCUACAUAACCGACCGAGUAACUAGAAAUUUCCACAAAAUGGACGACGACGACACGGAAGAGAAGCGGGAAUCCCUGACCCUGGUGAACAAGCUCUCUCGCAAAGAGACGAAAACUAAAUUGCUAGUCUCAUCCUCGAAACUCGUGUCCAUGAGCUCGAAGCUCGAGGCAAGGCAACGAAACUCCACGGAAAGCUCGGACACCAUGGAAUGCGCAUCCGAGAACGAAGUGGAGAACAUACCAAAGGACGAGGAAGCGUCUGAGCCCCUGGUCACCGACGAGAAAGGGAACAGAAUCUGUGGCGGGGAUCGUCGUUCCUUGGACGUUGCCCAAGAAGAAGAAGGUGAGACGCUGGUCACCAGUAGUAGCCGCCAACACACCGUGACGAAGACUAGCCUGAAAGUGUGCGAGGAGGAGGGCAGGCCGGUGAGGUUUCCCGGAAUCAGGCUAGGUUUCUUCCAUCGAAGCCCUCAAUCCUCGUCCAGUCAGGAGGACUACGAGCCCGAGGUGAAGAGCCUGUCGAAACUUGAGAAGCAACAGCCUCAACAGCAUCUGUUGACCGCGAGAGGCAGCGGCCAGAGCAGCAGCCAGAUAACGGCCAAGUCGAUGGAAAGUCUGAGAACGUCGAGGAAUUUUCUGAGCGCUGACGAACGCUACGUGGACGACUCCAAAUCCUUGGAAUCCUUGUCAGAGUCUCACGUCUCUGCCGUCUCGAAAUCUCACUACAGAAGCUUUUUGACCUCGUCCACCAGAGACGUGAGGAGGAUAGUGACCGUUGAGUCGAAAAGCAGCGACAAUCUUCACAGGGAGGAGAGCCUGAACGCAGAGGUUAGACGCGGGCUUUUCGCUAACACGGGGCUGGAGAGGAAGAUCCCUCAGAAUCUGAGCCUGCCACCCCCCUCAAACGUGUUUUCGUUGACCAGCCCGGGCGGCAGCGACAGAAAGAUCACUAUACUCAGCCCUCACUCGCCGCUCCAGACGACCGAGUUCCAGUUCUCCCAGACGUUAAAGGCCAGGCGUAAGAAGGCCAUCGUCUUGCCGAGGUUGGUGUUGCCCAGAAGCGAAUCCGACGUGUUCUUCUCCGAUUUCGACGUGGAAAAUGGCGCCUCAACGUUGGACGGGGGUGCCGGAGGCGGUGGAGGCGCCUCGCCAAGUGCAGGCUUGGUGUUGCAAACCCUGCCACAGAGGCGAGAGAGCUUCCUGUAUCGCAGUGAUAGCGACUUCGAGAUGUCGCCGAAAUCGAUGUCUCGAAACAGUUCGAUCGCCAGCGAGAGGUUCAAAGAGACAGAGCUUCCUGUCGAGCGAGCGAUAUUUACCGAUCAGUAUAGCCAUGGCGAGGACCUCAUCGUCACGCCGUUCGCGCAGAUCCUUGCCUCUCUGCGCUCGGUCAGGAACAACUUCCUGUCGCUUACUAAUGUGCCCACCAACAAAUCACGAAGGAGUAGCGGUGCACAGGGUAGCAGCACGCCACAACCACGAAUCUUGGCACCGGGGGAGGAAAACUACAUGAAAUUGGCGGUGGAGACGAUGGAGGAGCUGGACUGGUGCCUGGACCAACUGGAAACCAUUCAGACUCAUCGAUCCGUGUCCGACAUGGCCUCUCUGAAGUUCAAGCGUAUGCUGAACAAAGAGCUGUCCCAUUUCUCAGAAUCCUCGAAAUCCGGCAACCAGAUAUCGGAAUACAUAUGCAGCACCUUCCUUGACAAGCAACAAGAGUUGGACCUACCCUCCCUGCGGAUCGAGGAUGCGGUUGCAGCAGCCGGAAGUACGGAUGCGAGGGUGGCAAAGAAGAAGGACCGGGCCCAAAGAGGCCCGGCCGCGAUGUCCCACAUAAGCGGUGUGAAGCGACCCCUUACGCACACGAACAGCUUCACAGGGGAACGUGUACCGCUUCACGGCGUGGAGACACCCCACGAGGAGGAGCUCGGCAAGCUUCUCUCAGACAUCGACAAAUGGGGCAUCGAUAUCUUCAGGAUAGGCGAAUUAAGCAACAACAGACCGCUGACCUGCGUCGCCUACACAGCCUUCCAGACCCGGGAUUUGCUCAAAUCGCUGGCCAUACCACCCAAGACCUUUGUGACCUUCAUGAUGACCCUCGAGGAUCACUACGUCAAAGACAAUCCCUUCCACAAUAGCCUGCAUGCCGCCGAUGUGACCCAAUCUACUCACACUCUGCUCAACACACCCGCACUCGAGUCCGUGUUCACGCCGUUGGAAAUCACAGCCGCUCUGUUUGCAGCCACCAUUCACGACGUGGACCAUCCUGGACUCACCAACCAGUUCCUUAUAAAUUCGAGCUCCGAGCUCGCCCUAAUGUACAAUGACGAGUCCGUUCUGGAGAACCACCACCUGGCAGUGGCGUUCAAGUUACUUCAGAACGAAGGCUGCGACAUUUUCGUGAACAUGACGAAGAAGCAACGCCAGACGCUUAGGAAGAUGGUAAUCGACAUGGUCCUAUCUACAGAUAUGUCCAAGCACAUGUCUCUGUUGGCCGAUCUGAAAACUAUGGUGGAAACGAAGAAGGUGGCUGGUUCUGGCGUGCUUCUGUUGGACAACUACACGGACCGAAUCCAGGUCCUGGAGAACCUGGUCCACUGUGCCGACCUGUCCAAUCCUACCAAACCUUUGCCUCUCUAUCGGCGAUGGGUGGGUCUGUUGAUGGAGGAAUUCUUCCUUCAAGGGGAUCGGGAACGCGAGCAGAACAUGGAUAUAAGCCCGAUGUGUGACAGGCACAGUGCCACUAUCGAGAAGUCGCAGGUCGGCUUCAUAGAUUAUAUCGUGCACCCUCUCUGGGAAACCUGGGCCGACCUGGUACACCCGGAUGCUCAGGAUAUCCUGGAUACGUUAGAGGAGAAUCGAGACUGGUAUCAAUCUAUGAUCCCUCCGUCGCCGCCGUCUGAUGAUCAACAGCAACAGCAGCAAGGGAACGAGCAGCAAUCCGAUAGAAUACACUUCCAGGUGACACUGGAAGAAGGCGACGAAACAGGUGAAACAACGGAAAUCGGGGAUACGGUUGGAGCUGCGAAAACGAUCCUGGCGAGCGAGGAAGGGGGCGGUGAGACGGAUGAGAACGCAGCAGAGGCUGGGAUGUGACGGAGGCUCGCGGGUAUUUGCAGAAAGCUCCACGAGAAGGUGCAGCAGACCUGGUGGCGUGUGCGUCAGUGACAGUUAACUCGCUGCCGCUGGCCAGGUCUCUUUGUGUCGACCUAUUGACCUUUUGGCCAAGCUCUCCACUCCCCGGAACGGUGGAAGGUGUCUCGUCUCGGAACAGAAGGACGGAAAAAGAGAGAGAAAGGGGAAAAGUCGAACGAAAGAAAGAGAAACGUAACCGAAUGAAUGGAACGUCUAGUCGCCGCUAGUUCAGACUACCUCUGGAACAAAAUGGAAAAUGUCUUUUCUCACGCGUCAUCAACAAGCGGGAAAUCAGCUCGGAGGAUCAGUGUCCAGAAGAAGAAGAAGAAGAAGAAGGAUGCUGCCCAUUGACGCGAUCGUUCGCUCCAAAGCUGACGCGGGCCUCAGCAACGAGCGGCGAUCAUUGCGAUCGAUGCGUCUCGGCUGGUUCGAGGCGUCUACGAUAGCGUCAUCUACGAUGGACCAUCCUCGACGGACAGAGAAUGUAGCAUCGUCGUUGUUACCAUUGUCGCUUCUCUCCCCACCCACUUGUUGUCGUUCGAUCGCGUCCCUUCCCUCCCCCCAGAUUGGCGCGUACCUGGCUCGAACGGAGGGCACGAAUCUCUUCACCAAGUACCUGUAUAAUUACCCAGGCGGACGUGUAAAGACGAUCGUCUUUGCACGAUCUUCCUUGAUUACUAUAUAAUAUAGAAUGAGAAAA